CUACGGCUGGAAUGGCUCCCUCUCUGUCAGCUACUCCUAUUAUUACUUCUGCAAAACUGAACUGGAAAAAUUACUCCUCUUGGUCAGCUUCGGUGGAGUUGUGGUUUCUUGGUCAAGGCUAUCAUGAUCAUCUUGAAAAAGAGGUCUCUACUAUUUCAGAGGAAGAGAAACCUAAGUGGUAGAAAUUAGAUUUUCAGUUGUGUGAUGUUUUAUGGCAAUCGGUUGAGCAAGGGGUCUUAGACAUUUUGAGACCUUACAAGACAUGCUUCUCUUUUUGGAAAAGGGCACAAGACAUUUUUGCUAACGACAUUCCGCGCCUCUUUGAUGCAACUCAAAGAGUAGCCUCACUCAAGCAAAUCAAUCAUGAUAUGGUUUCUCAUAUAGGAAAGGCUAGGGCUGCAGUAGAAGAAUUGAAGAGUUUUUUUGUGGCUGAUUCAUUAGACAAUAUCAACAAAAAACUUGAUAAGUUUUACAUGGUCUUAAUUUUGAGGAGCCUGCACUCGACUUUUGAUCAUGUGUGUGAUCAAGUUUUAGCUGGUGAUCAAAUUCCUUCAAUGGACAACUUAGUUACUAGACUUCUUCGUGUACCUACAUUGGUCAAAGAUGAAAGUUCAACUGAUGUUUUUGAGACAUCAGCAAUGGUAGCACCACGAGGAAGAAGAGGAGGUCGGAGCAACCGUGGAGGACGUGGUGGUCGAAGUGGGCGUCCUCAAUGCUCAUAUUGUAAUAGAAUGGGCCAUACCCAAGACAAGUGUUAUUCCUUACAUGGUUUUCCUGAUAAAGCUGCUCAUGUGUCCAAGUCUGAUCAUUCAGAAUCUAGAUUUUCUGAUGAAGAGUACCAAGAAUUUUUGAGGUACAAAUCUGAGAAAUCCAACAAUCCUGGCCCAUCCUCUUCAAUGUCAACUGCAUGCAUUUCUCAAUCUGUGGAAGGUCUUAGUCCAUGGAUUCUUGAUUCAGGUGCCUCCGAUCAUGUCUCUGGAACAUGGUACGGGUCGUCUGAUUGGAGAAGGACAUGAGUCACGGGGACUUUAUUUCCUAAAACCAAGCUCCUCGGUAUCCUGUUUUGCAACUUCAUCCCCAAAACUUUUGCAUGAUCGUUUGGGUCACCCAAGUUUGUCCAAGUUGAAGAUGAUGGUUCCAAGUCUCAAACACAUUCAAGCCUUACAUUGUGAAUC